GUUUCUAAUAACUAUUGUGAUAAUUGGAAUAAUUUCAUAGUUUAUCAAAGUAAGAAGAACUCUAUUAAUAAGGAUGAGUUAAAAUUUACCCGGUUAAUACACGGAAACCAUUUUGAUGGUCUUAUUAUAGUGGAUGAAUCAUACUUACGCCACAACAGCAAUAUAGAAUCAAAUGAUAAUACAUGUUUAAUAACUACAAAUAAGUGUGGAAUCUUUAAUAGUUACUUACGAAAUGUUUUUGUGUCCAAAGCUUCACUAAUUUUAAACUGUGGCUGUGUUUCUAAAGUUUUUGUGGAUGAAUUUGUUAUCUACUAGUGUGUAGUGCUGCGUGGGUGCGAUGAAAUUUCUUGCUCCAGUACUACCAGUUUUGGGAACGGCCAAAAUCUUAAACUCGGUCCCGAAGUUGGAGGACGAGAUACAAAAAUUUUUGCAGAGAUGCUCUUUGAAACCGCUACUGUCGUGGCUAAAAAUAGAGAUAAGUUGGAAUUAGUUCAGAGAUAUGAGGAAGCGGUUCAAACUUAUAAACAGUGCUCUGAAUUUCCUUUGUCGGUUAUUCGGCAAGGCACACGAAUUCUAAAUACUCAUAAAGUAACGGAUUCUUAUAUUGGUGACUACGCACUUAUCGAUGCUGUGACGUCAAUACACAACUCGACACUUCUUUCUUCCUUGGAGGAUUCCGUCCAUGUGACAAGCGGGGCUUACGUUGAUUCUUCUAUUAUUCAAUGGGGCUGUUCGGUUGAAACAAUGGCUGUCGUUAGUACAAGCCUCCUUUGCGAACAUUCUUAUGCAAAAAGCCAUGCCAAAGUCAGUCACUCUGUUGUGGCACCAAACAGCGGUGUUUCUGGGGGCGAGUGCACCUCUUCCCUUUUGGGUCCGUUUGUGGGAUUCCAUCACCAAGCGCUCCUCAUUGCUGCUUUAUGGCCGGAAGGUAAAGGGAACGUGGGUUACGGAGCAAACGUGGGGUCCAACCACACGUCGAAGGCGCCCGACCAGGAGAUAUGGCCUGGUGAGGGAGUCUUUUACGGGCUUGGUUGCAGUAUUAAAUACCCAACGAACAUGAGCGAGGCGCCCUACUCUGUAAUUGCUUCUGGCGUCUGCACACUUCCUCAACGAGUUGCAAUGCCUUUUUCGCUUAUUAACUCUCCAAGCACUUUUCUUUCAGACGUGAGCCCCGCAUUAAACGAGAUUAUUCCUGGAUGGGUCUUGAAAGAAAAUAUAUAUGCUGUCUUAAGGAAUGAGAGGAAAUUUCAGGAGAGAAAUAAAGCUCGACGAAACAUUUUUGAUACCACUAUAUUUCGCCCAAUUAUCGCUGGGAUGCUGGAGAAGGCUAGAGCCGCCCUUAUGCAGCCUAGGGGCAACAAAAAUUUCCCGGUUUUCCUCGAAGGGGAUAUAGCUGGUAUCGGAAAAAACUACUUGACGGAAAUAAACCGAAAGCAGGGCAUCGAAGUAUACACCUUUUAUCUUCGCUUUUACGCUCUCCAAGGAUUGUAUUUCCGUAUUAAAAAACUAGGGUUUCCUAAGGCAACCAGUCUCGAAGAGGACCUGGCGGAUCCCGUCUGGAUGCACCAACGCAGCGUUAUUAUUAAAGAGUUUCCGGAAGUUGAGAUGGCCUCUCCAUUUCAGCUGCUCCAUCACUAUAAAGAUAUGCUAAAAAAAAUCGGAGAGUCGGCUCUUAUUUCAAAGCAAAGGGACGACCAGCGCGGGAUGAAAAUAUUUCCGGAUUAUAAAGUUGUGCACGUUUUAGCUGAAAAAGAUUCUUUCGUUAAUGAUACUCUGGAACGCAUUCGACUUACAGUAAGUGAAAUAAGAGAAUGGGAGAGUUUGUCUGCUAAAAACGAAUAA